AUGUGGCUCAAGCUUGUCGUAAUUAAUGUCUUGCUACUGAUACAACGAACAAAGGGAGAGGACGAUUGUCCAUUUACUGUAAGUGUCUUGGAUGUCCCAGGUGUACGAUGUGUGCCAGUAACACCUUGUUCAGGAACGUAUUAUCCAUCGGGUUUAGCUCAGGGUGUUGGGGCAUGUCCUACUGGUUCAAGUUGUGCACUAUUACCAUUAACACCAAUCAUGGGUUGUGCUGUUACGGGACGUACGGAUCUUGUCUAUGUCAAGACGGAUGGUACGCUGAUGAAGGAUGGCAAACUAGUGACGGUUAUGGGGGACCCCGUGUCCACGACACAGUCACCAACGAUAUCUGAUAGCACCACUAGCAGUACAACAAAAAGAGCCACUGACAGCAGCAGUACGAGAUACAGUGCCAAUGACAGCAGUACGAGUAAAAACAGCGCCACUGACAGCAGCAGUACGAUAAACAGCGCCACUGAUAGCAGUACUAGAAAAAGCGCCACUGACAAUAGUACGAACAACCUCAACAAUGAGCUAAAGAAGAACCCCAGCAGUAGCAAAUUGAACGGCAACAGUGAGGGGUCUGGAUUAGGAGAGUCCAAGACUAAAGAAGACUCAAAUGACGAAACAAAUGCCACUGACUUGACACUCGACAGCGAUGGUAACAAAUUGAGGAGUGUCGAUAACCGCCCGGUCACCUUGUCGAUGUCAGAGUCUGGAUCGGAUGAUUCUGUGGGUAGCGACGCUGCUAACCAACAGGCAACGUUCAACCCUGGGUCAAUUCUGAGCGACGGACCUACCUUGUCCAAGUCGUCUUUAGACGGUGGACUAGGCCUCGGCGCCAUUAUCGCCAUCGUCGUGGGAUGUUUGGCGGUUGUAGCUAUUGCAGCCGGUGCGCGGCUGCUGAAGAAGGGCAAAGAGGCCGACUUGGCAACACCCGAGGCUGCAGGAGGACACGAGGCCUAUAAUAACGUUGACGGUGGUGGCAGUGGCGGUAUGACUCCCAAGGAGAAUGUGCUACUGCUCUAA